CCCGGAGAGUGGAGACAAAGGUUCCGUUGGCAGCGCACUGCGGGUUGGUUUAUUUUUCUACGGCGGUGACGGAGGUUGGAAGCCCGGCCGACAGCAGGCGGAGGCGUCAGGAGGCGGAAUCCUCCUGUCCGGAGCACUGGGGUGGGGAGGGGGGCGGGGAGGAGGGAAGCGGGGCCACGGGCCGCGAACCGAGCCGCCCGGACAGAGCAGGCUAAGGAGAUGGAAGGCGACGGGGUGCCGUGGGGGAGCGAGCCCGUCUCGGGUCCCGGCCCGGGCGGCGGCGGAUUGAUCCGCGAGCUGUGCCGGGGCUUCGGCCGCUACCGCCGGUACCUGGGCCGGCUGCGGCAGAACCUGCGCGAAACCCAGAAGUUCUUCCGCGACAUCAAGUGCUCCCACAGCCACAGUUGUCCCUCCUCCCCCACGGGCGGCGGCGGGGCCGAGCGCGGCCCUGCCGGCGACGUCGCCGAGCCCGGGCUGCAGGCGGGCCAGCUGAGCUGCAUCGCCUUCCCACCUAAGGAAGAGAAGUACCUCCAGCAGGUUGUGGACUGCCUUCCCUGCAUCUUGAUCCUCGGCCAGGAUUGUAAUGUCAAGUGCCAGCUGCUGAACCUGCUGUUGGGGGUGCAGGUGCUUCCCACGGCCAGGCUGGGCAGUGAGGAGAACUGUAAGCUUCGGCGCCUCCGCUUCACCUAUGGGACUCAGACUCGGGUCAGCCUGGCGCUCCCUGGCCAGUACGAACUAGUGCACACGCUGGUUGCUCACCAGGGCAACUGGGAGACCAUCCCUGAGGAGGACCUGGAGGUCCAAGACGAUGGUGAGGACGCCGCCCCUGUUUUAGCCGAACUGGAGGUGACGAUGCACCACGCUCUCUUACAGGAUGUGGACAUUGUGGUAGCACCGUGCCAAGGCCUCCGGCCUGCAGUGGAUGUUCUGGGUGACUUGGUGAACGAUUUCUUGCCUGUGAUAACCUAUGCACUCCACAAAGACGAACUGUCUGAGAGGGACGAGCAAGAGCUUCAGGAAAUCCGAAAGUAUUUCUCCUUUCCCGUAUUCUUUUUCAAAGUGCCGCAGCUGGGCUCGGAGAUCAUUGCCUCAUGUACCAGAAGAAUAGAGAGUGAAAGAUCAGCCCUCCAUCACCAGCUGAUGGGCCUGGGCUACCUGAGUAGCAGUCACUGCAACUGUGGGACCCCUGGCCAAGACACUAAAGCUCAGAGCAUGUUGGUGGAACAAAGUGAGAAACUGAGGCACUUGAGCACAUUUUCCCAGCAGGUGCUACAGACUCGCCUGGUGGACGCAGCCAAGGCCCUGAACCGGGUGCAUUGUCUCUGCCUCGACAUCUUUAUUAACCAGGCCUUUGACAUGCAGCGGGACCUACAGAUCACUCCCAAACGUCUGGAAUAUACUCGAAAAAAGGAAAAUGAGUUGUACGAAUCACUGAUGAAUAUUGCUAACCGAAAGCAGGAGGAAAUGAAGGACAUGAUUGUUGAGACGCUUAACACCAUGAAGGAGGAACUUCUGGAUGAUGCUGCCAGCAUGGAAUUUAAAGAUGUUAUUGUCCCUGAGAAUGGAGAGGCAGUGGGCACCAGAGAAAUCAAAUGCUGCAUCCGGCAGAUCCAGGAGCUCAUCAUCUCCCGGCUCAAUCAGGCAGUGGCUAACAAGCUGAUCAGCUCAGUGGAUUACCUGCGUGAGAGCUUCGUCGGGACCCUGGAACGCUGUCUGCAGAGCCUGGAGAAGUCCCAGGACGUCUCUGUUCACAUCACCAGUAAUUAUCUCAAACAGAUCUUAAAUGCCGCUUAUCACGUUGAAGUUACGUUUCACUCAGGGUCCUCGGUUACAAGGAUGCUAUGGGAGCAAAUCAAACAGAUCAUACAGCGCAUCACAUGGGUGAGCCCACCUGCCAUCACGCUGGAAUGGAAGAGAAAGGUAGCCCAGGAAGCCAUCGAGAGCCUCAGUGCCUCCAAGUUGGCCAAGAGCAUCUGUAGCCAGUUCCGGACCCGGCUCAACAGUUCUCACGAAGCUUUUGCAGCCUCCUUGCGGCAGCUAGAAGCUGGCCACUCAGGCCGGUUGGAGAAAACAGAGGAUCUGUGGUUGAAGGUUCGGAAAGAUCAUGCCCCACGCCUGGCUCGCCUUUCUUUGGAAAGCCGUUCUUUACAGGAUGUCUUGCUGCAUCGUAAACCUAAACUGGGACAGGAGCUAGGCCGGGGCCAGUAUGGUGUGGUGUACCUGUGUGACAACUGGGGAGGACACUUCCCUUGUGCCCUCAAGUCGGUCGUCCCUCCGGAUGAGAAGCACUGGAAUGACCUGGCUUUGGAGUUCCACUACAUGAGGUCUCUGCCGAAGCACGAGCGCUUGGUGGAUCUGCACGGCUCGGUCAUCGACUACGGCUAUGGCGGGGGCUCCAGCGUCGCCGUGCUGCUCAUCAUGGAGAGGCUGCGCCGGGACCUGUACACUGGGCUGAAGGCUGGGCUGACGCUGGAGACCCGUCUGCAGAUAGCACUAGAUGUGGUGGAAGGGAUCCGCUUCCUGCACAGCCAGGGACUCGUGCACCGUGAUAUCAAGCUAAAAAAUGUCCUGCUGGACAAGCAGAACCGUGCCAAGAUCACUGACUUAGGAUUCUGCAAGCCAGAGGCCAUGAUGUCAGGCAGCAUUGUGGGGACGCCAAUCCAUAUGGCCCCUGAACUUUUCACAGGGAAGUACGAUAAUUCCGUCGAUGUCUACGCCUUUGGCAUUCUCUUCUGGUAUAUCUGCUCGGGUUCUGUCAAGCUCCCUGAAGCAUUUGAGAGGUGUGCCAGCAAAGACCAUCUCUGGAACAAUGUGCGGAGAGGGGCCCGGCCAGAGCGUCUUCCUGUGUUUGACGAGGAGUGCUGGCAGUUGAUGGAGGCCUGCUGGGAUGGAGACCCCUCUCAGAGACCUCUCUUGGGCAUCGUCCAGCCCAUGCUCCAGGGCAUCAUGGACCGGCUAUGCAAGUCAAAUUCUGAGCGGCCAAACAGAGGACUCGAUGAUUCUACUUGAAAGCAAAGACCUUUCUCCUUUACUCUCUAUUUCUUUCCUUCCCCUCACCUUUUGGCCAUGGGAAGAAUUUGACAUUUAUUCAGAGAGCUCCCGAGGGAACUGAUGCUUGCUGGGCAGCUUGAGACCUUCCCAGGCAGCGAUGCCUCCCGGAUAGUGAAGAGUUGGCUGGCUGUGGGGCAUGUUAAGCACCUCACUGAUGCCCCAAGCCAUCCUGUUAGCAAAAGAUUGUCUAGGACACGUAAACGCCGAAGAAUUGCAAUGUUCCAGCCUCAGUACUGAAAAGGAGGCAAAUGUACCAAUUGUCUGUUCACUGUAUGUUGCUAAGACAGGCGGGGCACUGCAGUGGCGAUAGUAUUAAAAACUAUAAUUUUCAUAAUUUGGGCUCUAGCUAGGAAUAGUUUGGUUCUAUCCCGUCGUCGGGACCCUUAGGAAAUUUGAACUAAGUUCCGGGAUUGUGAGAACAUAGGAGCAAAACAGCAACUUGCUGCUCCCUGCACCCGGAUCUCAGGUUGCAGAGGUCAGAGGCCCCAGUGAGGGAGCUAGAAACAGAGCUGUCUGUUCCUUUUAGUGCCAGCAUGUUUACAUUUAUAGGACUGACUACUGGGGGUGGGUGUCACGGUUACAUCACCAAGAAGCCACAGAAAGAAAAAGAAAUGUGUACACAUAUGUAUAUGUAUACAGAUGUGAUUGGAUUUUGAGUUACUGCUAACCCCAGGAUAGAAUCUCUUCUUCUUCCCUUUGGUCUUGAUUCCCCCCCCCCCCUUUUUGGUCUCAAGAUGGGGAAAUUCCAGUUAACAUGGUAUCUGGGGAUGAGCAUCUGAGUAAAACUGACCGGUACGGAGUAACUGGUGAGACCGGAGAUGUGGGCAGUGAUCUGGAGGCCGUGGGCUUCCCUGCAAACCUACUAGAAGGAUACCAGGUUGUUUCUAAAACUUAGAAGAAUCAAAAAUUCCCAUUUUUGUGUUUGAAUCUAACACACGGAUGUUUUUAAAUUCCAUCAGUGAGCUUUUUAACCGAGAUUUCUUUUGCAACUUGUCCCUUCAUUUUACUUUAUUUUGAAUAUAACGUAAGAAGGAAAGCACCAGAUGAAAGAGAAUGCUUUUUGUAGCUCUGUGUGUGCCUCUCACAUCUCUGUGUGUGUAGUCUGGGACGGUUCCCCUCCCCUUCAGCUGGGAGGCGUGCUGGUGGGCUUUUGGAGCGUGUGUCAGGAAGUGUGCCUAAGUGGAGAAAUUCUGGAGGGGAACAAUUUACAUGUUGAUGCAUCUCAGAUCUUGACUUAAAGCCCCGCUCAACCAAGAUGGUCCAUUUGAUUUAGAACACCAGGUGGGUGAAGGAAUAGACAGUGGAGGUCAGUAGCCUCUGUCCAUCUGCCUAAUUUCCAAGCACUCUGGUCUCUCCCCUGUGCCUGGCCCCCAAGUCCGUGAAGCAGGUCCCUGAGUAGGUGUGUAAGGAAAUGGGCAGACUUGCUGCUAGAAUUUUGUAGGGUUGUUUCUGAGAGAAUGACCUCUUCAACAUUAAUAGAGUGUAAAUGUCAUCUACAAGAAAAUUUUCAUAUAACUCUUAAAGUUCAGUUUUCACUCUUUGACUCUGCUGGGCUCUGAUGAUGAUACACUUGAGCGUAGUAAGCCUCCAAGCACUUGGAGCCUUUUAGAAACUCCGUAUAGUGCUAAGAACCUUUUUACUUGCAAACAGUAAAGUGACCGACCCAGUGUCUUUGGGUUCUGUGUGAGCUCCAGCCUUGUUCUGGUGGAAUGUUCAGUAGAUCUUUUAGAAUUGUUAACAGCCAUUUAUAGCUUUACUUCUUCAAGUCCACUCUAUUCUUGUCUGCAUUAACUUGUUUGUCCUCCUGGGGACUAGGUUGGGGCUUCCAGGAAGCCAGAUUUUCAAGUUUAAAAAGGAGAGGUGAAUAGUGUCUACCUGCCGAAAAAUCAGUCUGUUCUGUAUGAAAUUUCAGGGAAGGUCUUCUAUAGUUCCCUUUCCCAGAGAGUCUUCCUUUACUCCAGCUCAAAUCAGGAGUCUGUGCUUAUGCUGUGGAAGCCGCAUUCCUAACAUUCUUCCGACAUCUUAGUCCCUCCCCCCAUUCAGGCAGGGGCUGGGGGGGGUCCUCUACCCAGUGGCCCUUUUCAGUUUGUCCCCUUCCCGCAGCUUAAUCUGCUCCCAGGCACCAGUUUCCCAGCAGAUUCCCACAUUUUUUGCCUGAGUGAGAAGGGAGGACGGGAGAGACCAAUGCUAAGUGGGACAGUAGUUGUGUUAACAAUGCAUUACAAAAAAAGCAUUUUGGGAAAAGGUGCAAGAUAUUCCUGAAGAUCUCCCGGCCAGCCAAAGUCCACGUGGAGAUAUUCGGAGGUGUUGUUUGAACACUCAGCGGGCUGAGUGCGGGAAUACAUAUAUACAACAUAUGUAUACUUUGCUUCUGUUUUAUAACAUUGUCAGCUAAUUUGGGAUUCUUUGUUCCUUGGCAUCCAUUAUUAUUAAAGUGAUGGAAUGCCAUGAAAUGUACUGUACUGUAUAUUACUUGGGAAGACACUAGGUAUUCAAAGAAGUCUGGGAGCACUUGGGCUGUAGCGGGCUCAACAAGACCAAAGUCCUAAAGAUUUUACCUCCUAGCUUUGGUUGUAUGUGCUCCCAAGUGGUGAGGUGUGAUUGUGGCUGGGGGAAGAGGAAAGAUGGGUCGGGUUACCCUUACUGUGUUCCAUCCUUCUAAUCAACUUCAGUGGGGCAACUUACCCCAGCCUGAAAAUGAUCACCUGGCCAUUUUUAACACGCUUGAAGUCCAGUCACUUGCGUUACUUCAGAACUGAGUGAGGGACCUUCUUGCAGAGCAAUCAAGAAAUGGCGGAGCCUGGGGCCCUGGAGCGGCUGACCCUGUGCCUAGGGAGCUGGCAGGGAGGUCAGUCUGGCAUGAGUUGGGGAACGCUUGUCUGGCUGAGGUUUCCACGGGCGUGCCCUAGUUCCUUGACCCUCUUUAUAAAGAGUGGCUCGUUGAUGGAGCAAGCCUUCCACUUCUCUAGGAAGGAGGGCUGUGCGGGUUCUUCCCAGACCAAAGAGAAUCACUUGUGACUCCAUCAGUUUCAAGGGGACAGAGCCUAUGUAGCAGCUUCUCCUAAUUUUUAACACUACAAUUCAAGGAAACAGUGAAGGAAAGGACAUAUUACUGCCACAGAUGGAAACGGGGGGAACGGUAGAACUCCCCCCAAGUACGUGCCAGCUCUCCGGUACAUUUUGGUGCAUCCUUGCUGAGCUGCCAAAGAUGGCUUGGAAGUUGUUUCCCGACGAGAGAGGGGGUUUGGGGCGGCAGGGCUCCAAAGUAGUAACUGCACUGAAUGACACUUUAUUUUUUUGGCUUAUUAUUUAGCACUGAGAAGCCAAGAGGGAUCGGUGAUUAUAGUAGCACUUAGGGGGCAGAGGUCCCCUGUGGCCUCGCUUUGGAGAGAAGGCAGGCUUGCUGUUCAUCUGGCUAAUCAGGGAGUCUCCGAAGCCCAUACUUCGCAGCAGGAUAAAGGGCCCUUGAAGAGUCCUUCGCCAAAAGAGUAGUUGCUUUCUUUGAGUUUUCAAAGUUUGACUUCUGGAUUUGCUGGAUCAUAUAACCCACUUUUUCUUUAAAAGAAAAAAGUGGUUUUAUCCUUCUAAAUAUGGGGGGAAGCGGUUAGGGCUAGCGCUGUAUUUAAGUGGGUGAGGAGGGAGCAACCUUCAGAAACUUGCAUCGCAAACUCCUUUGGAGGUUGCGAGGAACACUGCUGUUCUUAAAGGGGUUUUAUUUUUAACUUCAUCUGCUUUGUUAACAUCCAGUCCAGUCGAGAUGCACGUGGAGACCAUGGGAAUACCUGGCCAUCCGACUCAGAGGGUUGAGAAGGAAACCGGUCUGGACAGCGUGUUGUCUUUUAUCCUUAUGUAAUAUUUUUGUUUGUUUUAAAGGACUAAUGUCUAUUACAGUGUUAAUAAAAGUGUAACAUACUAAGUGUGUAGAAUAAAAGUGCAAUAACAAGAGGAAGUUACCUUGGCACAAACCUCAGUCCUUCACUCUCCCUGUGCCGUCUCUUUCCAUAAUAUGGCAAACAAGACUGUGUUGUGUUUUUAAGAGUCAUACCUAUGGGUUAAAUCUUUAGUGUCGUUUUGGAUGGUUGGGUUUGGUUUUAUAGAGUGUUCUGUAUCCUUGUGGGGUUGCACAGAUACCACACGUGCUGUAGAAUAAAGAUCACAUUAACGUUUGAA